AUGACCUCCGACGGCUGCAAUGUGGAGGAGGCGAUCAUCGAGGGUUUCAUCUGCCCUUCAUGUCUUAGUUCGUAUGGAAGAGCUGAACUUCUCGAAGAACACUUCAGAAUUCAGCACAUUCGCCCAGCAUCUGCCAAGCGCGAUCAUGAUCUACAGCCCUUCAAGCGCGCGGCCGUAGGUAAUGCCUCAACCUUUUACACAUUGCAGUCCGGUCUUGCUGUCUUAAACGUUUAACCAUGUAGAAUGUUCCUUUUUGUUUGCAUUUAAAUGUAACUAAGCUUCGACUCGAUGGUUCUGCCGUCGUGAUUGACGACGGCCAACUUCGCCACAGUGGAUGCUAUACCGAGGUGUUUUAGUGGUCGCCAUAGCACGAUUGUAGAUGUUCAGAUAACUUAAUGCUGUGCUUGAAUGUCCGGAUCAGUAUGGACUGGUCAACGGACACCCAUUCGCACCGUAGUAAGUGCACAGGGUGGCAAAUCAAACUAAUACGUGAUUGUAGUGUAUGGUCGUAGUGGAGUCAGGCUAUCUCAAUAAUGGCGUUUGUCUUGCACGCCCUUGUGUGUUGCGAUGAAUACAGAGGUGUUCGAUAAGAGCGAAUCAAGACCUAAAAAUUUGAUCAGUUUUUCCUUUGAUGCUAUUCCUCCAGUGGCGUAAUGGGAGGAUUGGUGGCGGGAACACUUCGGCGGGUGUUGGGGCUUCUAAUAAGGUCCCUUCGAGCCCAAAAUGCUUAUUUGGAAUGUGGACACAUGAGUUGCUGUGUGUCAGCAUGUUCUGUUCGCUUUAUUUCAUUCUGACAUGCUCGCGCUUUUGUGUCUGCCAGUCUCCACUUGCUUUCAAGUAUUACCAUUCCAGUUUUUCAGGACAUCAUCAUACCUGAAGCCCCUGCGCUAUGGUUUUCCAGGUCUUCGGGCUGAACCCGUGACAUUUCAGCCCGAUUUCCAAGGUCUCCUCGUUGGUUCGAUCGUCCCCACAGCAAGCAUCUUUAGAACUAUCAGCCUCACAUAUUGUUUGAAGACUCACAGCAGUCGUCCCCAUGACUCGGCUAAUAAGUCAGACAUCAACCUGCUUCAGGGUCUCGAAGAUGCUAAGUAUGCUAAUCACUUUCGGGACUCCAAUGCCUGA